AUGGAACCAGAUCAAGACGGAAACACUCCGACCACAGAACCCAUCCGCUUCCGCGCCGGGAAAAAAAGAAAAGCAUAUCGCCAACGACCUACCGAAGAAGAAGAGAGUCAUGACGUAGCGACCGUGAUUCCAGCUCCAUCCAUCCUGCCAGGCGCGUCGAAGCUCGAGGAUGGCGAGCCUGGACGAGACGCCAACGCCGACGCAGAAAAACUACUAAGAGAACUCGAAGGGGAGGACGACAAUGGCGAUGAUGGAGAUGAUCGAAUGGAUGGGGAAUCAGCUGUGGCAGCUGCGCUGCGCAUCCGCAAUGCGCGCCGGGCAGCUCGUCGAGGAGGCGUUGGCUUCCGCUCAGAAGGACGAAACCAAGACGACGAAGACCUUGAGGGAGAGCACGCGCUGGUUCUCCGAGACGCAGAUAAAGACGCCGCGCAUGAUCGCAUCGUCGGCGGCAUUACAAACCGCUUCAUGCACCAGACCGGCCUCCUCACCAUCCUCGACGACAAACACAUGAAUGAAUACAUAGAAUCCCGCCUCGCUAGCCGCUCCGCCGACCCCCACGGCACAUCUCCCUCAUCACAGCCCGCAUCCCAGUCCGCGACGACGAACCAAGGUCUUGCCGGCGACUCCAACCACCAAGACAAGUGGCGCGACCAGCCCACCCGCCAUGGCAAGCUCGUCGAGGUCGACAUGGCGAACCUCGACAGUGCAAGGAACAAUAACAGCAACGACAGCCACAAGCGGCGCCGCGUCGAAACAGACGGCGCCGCCAAACCGCCUCCUCGUCGCGGCCGCAACCGCCGCAAUAGUCAGGACAUUGCGCGCGAUGCCCUUGUCGAGCAGUUCCUCCACGAAAACCGCCUCGACGUCUACAACGUCCCCUCUUCCUCAACAGCAACAGCUUCCUCCGCUCCCGGCGCUGAUCCCUCCGCCGACGACCGCCUCGCCGAAGAAUUCCGGCAGCAGUACUACGACGAGCAGGCCAUGCGCCGCAAGAAGAAGCGUCCCGUGCAACAACAGAAGCAACAGCAGCAGCAGUCGGGCGAUGUUCUCAAGGGCCCUAAACUCGGUGGUAGCAGGAACAUGAGAGCAGCCGUUAGAGACAAACUGCUGCAACAGGAGAAGGAGAAGAAGGGCAGGUAA